AAAUUUAGAGAUAUUUUAAAUUUAUAAUACCAAAUAUGACAAAUAACAAAAGUUGGCAAAUUGCGUUACAUUUAGUCUUUGGUUACGUGGCACUAAGUUUGAAACAAAAAAGAAAUCUUGAAGUUCGUCUGAUUAUUCCUGUGUUUGACACCAAGAAGAGCUUUAAGUAUUAACUGAAAAAAGUUGCAAUAUACUGUUUAAAAUCAUGAUAAGAUUAGCAAUAAUCUGCUUCCUAAUUUCGAUGAUCAGAAGCGAAGAAUGUAUUUUCAAUAUUGAUGAAGUAGAUGAAUUAAGACAACUUUUCCAUGAUUCUGAACGUCGAAUGGAAGCAGCAACUCGAGGUCAAAGUGGAAAUGCGGCAAUUGUCAUAGGCAGUGCAAGAAGUGGCAAAAGUACAUUAAUUAAUUACUUGAUGGGAAAUGCAUUGAUUGCUUAUAAAGAGAAACGUGAAAUAAAAAUAAAAAAAGCUAACAAUAAUGUCAGAGGACCAGAAAUUGGUGCUGGAUCAGUGUCAGUGACUACAAUUCCCACAAGAUGGAACUCAGAAAGGUCAGCAUUACAGAAUUUGGACAUCUGGGAUACUGCUGGAUUUGCGGACAAUAGAGGUGUAAUGCAAGAUUUUAAUAAUUCCUUUCAUCUGUAUCAUUUGACAAGAAAAGUUAAUUCUCUGAAAUUUAUUUUAGUUAUCAAUUUUGAUGACAUUGAUACUGACAAUAUUGAAUGGAUUAAAGGACUUUUAAAUACUUUAGAAAGUUAUUUUACUGAUAGGUUUAGAAACUUUUUUCCAAGUAUAUCAGUAAUUAUCUCAGAAGCACCUCACGUGAAUGAUUUUCAAUUUCUAGUCAAUUAUGAAUACAUAAAUAAAAAAUUAAAUACGAGUUUAUUAUCAAACUCACAAUCGUCUGUAUCCGAAGUUUUAAAAGACUUUGAACGUCAUAUAAUAAGACAUAACCAACAAGUAGCCUUCUUCAGGAAAGUGAAAAAAGUAGGGAGAGUUACUUCUGACAUCGAUGAUAAUAUUAUUCCAGCUAUUAAUAACUGCGAUAGCAUAAAAAAGCCAUCUCAUCAGGAUAUAGGUUUAACAAUUUCACAAGAAUCAAAACUUUGCCUACUAAGUGCGAAUGAGGAGUUGAUGUCUUUAAAUGAAAUUUUGAAAUUUGAGACUACACUGAACAACUCGUUCUCUGCUUUUUGUCAAUCCAAUGAUACUAAUACUUUACAAACCAAUAAAGCCGAUUUGAAUAGAAUCAACGAAAGCUUGAAAACUUCUUUAGACAAUAAUUCUGUUGCAGAGGUUAAAAUUCAAAUUCUGAAAAUGAUUAAUGAUAAUUUGAAAAAUUACAUCAAAAACGAAAAAUUGGAGAAUAAAAUAAGCCUAAUUAAAUUUAUUGAUUCUAUACUUAAAACAAAGAGAAUGAGUUAUAUAGCUACUGUAGUAAAUGGUCUUGUUAAUGGCGUACAAGCAAAAAUCCGCUCAUUGUUAACAACAUGUUCACAUAAAUUAAAUGAAAUAACAAAGAAUGAAUUUAGAAAAAAGUUGAAGAUUCCAAGAACUUAAAAAUAAUAACUAACAAAUGUGAAGUAUUAUAUUUCUGUGAGUCCUUACUCACCUUUUUUUCAUGAAAUGUAAAUGAGUAAUGUAUGGAAGAACUUAAACAAUUGUAAACUAAAAAAGAUGUUAUUGUUUACUGUAUCUAAAUAAAAUAAUGUUUUACAUUAAUAUUAAAAAAUAAAUUCCAUAACUUAAAAAAAUA